AUGGGCUUGGCCCAGUAUAAGGGCCUCCAGGGCAUCCGGCCGCGCCAUUCCAGUCGUGCAGGCGGCGCGCUCUUUCCCGCUCCACUCAAGUACGGGAACCGGUUCCCGGGAUCCCAGCCUCUCGGCAGCGCCCACGCGCCUGGGCCGAAGUCCGCGAGCGGAAGCGGGAGGCGCGGAGGCUUCUGGGAGAUGGAGGCCGAGGCUGCGACCUGCGCAGGCGCAAUCCUGCAGCUGGGGGUGAGGGCUGGAAGUGGCGUGGUUCGCGGCAGCGCCCGGAUGGAACCUCGUGGUCCUGUGAGUGAGAUCGUGCCACUGCACUCCAGCCUGGGUAACAGAGUGAGACUCUGUCUCAAAAAAAAGAAGAGGAGGAAUGAUUUCUUCUUAUGUUACAGGGGGCCCUUGCAAUAUUCCAGCUGGUAUGAGCCUUCUGCAGAGCUAGUCCAGACUAGAACGGCUGUAUCACUAACAGCAGCUGAAACUCUGGCCCUUCAGGGUACACGGGGACAAGAGAAGAUUAUGAUGAUGGAACCAAAGGAAGAGGAACAGUCUUGUGAGUAUGAGACCAGGCUACCUGGGAACCACUCUACCAGUCAAGAGAUCUUCCGCCAACGCUUCAGGCAUCUCCGCUACCAGGAGACUCCUGGUCCCCGGGAGGCCUUGAGCCAGCUACGGGUACUCUGCUGUGAGUGGCUAAGGCCAGAGAAACACACGAAGGAGCAGAUCCUGGAGUUCCUGGUGCUGGAACAAUUCUUGACCAUCCUGCCUGAGGAGCUCCAGUCGUGGGUGCGGGGACAUCACCCUAACAGUGGAGAGGAGGCUGUGACUGUGCUGGAGGAUUUAGAGAAAGAACUUGAACCAGAGCCGCAGGUGAGAAUCGGGAUUUGGUCUGUUAUGGGAGCCAGAUCAAUGACCUUCAGGCUGGACAGAGGGGCAGCAGUAGGGGGAGUUGCCAAGGUCAAACCUCUCUUGGGCCAGGUAGAGCAGUUAAUGUGUGUUUCUGUGUCUGUCUUUUCCGCCCUGAAUGAGAAAGAGACUCUAGCUCCUUUUCCUUCCCUUGUGCUGACUCCGAGGAGGCUCUCUAAAGUCUUCUUGGAAGCUUUGGUACAAGGAGAGUCACAUCUGCAAGUGUCCAGGCAGGGGACAGAAGAAGAGCCAUGGGAGAAGAAGGAAUCUCUGGGAGCAGCCCAGGAAGCACUGAGCAUCCGGCUCCAGACUAAGGAGACCCAGCCUUUCCCAGAGAGUG